AUUUAUUUCAUUUACAAAAAAAAUGGGUGGAUUUACGCGCCUCAUCGUCUUCCUUUCCAUUUUUGCUUCCAUAACUCUGAAAUCAGAAGCCCAAUACCUUCUUCCGAUCACCAAACACGAACCCACCAAACAAUUCUACACCGCUCUCAACAUCGGAUCCGCUGCGAAAACUCCCGUGAACCUCCUCCUCGAUCUCGGAACCAACCUAACGUGGCUCAACUGCCGCAAACUCAAAUCUUUAUCAUCUCUCCGCCUCGUCACUUGCCAGAGCUCCACCUGCAAAUCCCUCCCCGGAAAUGGCUGCGACGGAAAAUCCUGUCUUUACCGUCAACCAAACCCUCUCGGCAAAAACCCCGCCGUGACCACCGGCCGUGUCGUUCAAGACAGAGCCACCAUCUCCACCACAGACGGCGGAAAGUUCCUCUCCGAAGUCUCUCUCCGCCGCUUCACAUUCUCCUGCGCCGGAGAGAAAAGCCUCCAGGGCUUUCCCCCUCCGGUCGCCGGAGUUCUGGGUCUUUCUCCGGGACAGUUCCCGUUCUGGAGACAGGUGACGACGGCGUUUAACAUCAUCCCGAAAUUCGCUCUCUGCUUGCCUUCUUCCGGAACCGGUCACUUCUAUAUCGGCGGCGGUCAAUACUACCAUAUCCCGCCGUUCAACGGUGGCGGAAAUUCGAUUCCGAUGACUUUGACGCCGUUGAAAAACAUAGGCUCGGGAAAUUAUCUAAUCUCCGUUACGUCAGUCUACGUUGACGGAACCCCUUUAUCGUUGAACCCAAAUUUGCUUGAGGGCGGAGCCAAGCUGAGCACGGUGGUUCCUUACACCGUACUUCAAACCGAUAUCUACAAUGCUCUUGCUCUGUCUUUUACGCGUAAAGCAACGAAAGUAGGAAUGUUCGAGGCCUCAGGACCUGCGCCAUUUAAAAACUGUUUCGAAGAAGGCGCUUCGGGGAGGAACAUGAGCGGGAUGACGAACGUGCCGGUGAUAGAGAUUGGGGUGCCAGGGAGGGCAGGGGAGGUGAAGUGGAGAUUUCACGGUGCAAAUACGGUGGUGAGAGUGAUGGAGACGGUGGUUUGUUUGGCGUUCGUCGACGGAGGAAAGAACCUCAAGGAGUCGAUGGUCAUUGGAACACACCAGCUUCAAGAUUUUAUGAUCGAUUUCGAUUUUAGCACCACGCUUCUUGCUUUUAACGAUGCCACAAAUCUCUACUACUGUCCAAUAUCCAUCGGCGCCACAUACUAUCAACGGCAACAUUUCAAUGCCGCCAUCGAUCUCGGCGGCUCUGCGCCGUUGCUGCUAACCUGCGCCGCCGCAGCCAAAUCCCGUUCUUAUCACCCAAUCAAAUGCGGCUCCUCUAGAUGCAAACAAGCCAAACCAGACUCUCUCUCCUGUCCUAGCAACACCACAAAGAAGUCCACGUGUCAGAAAUCCUUCUCCACUUCGUACACUGACCAUCCCAUCAAGGCUCGUCUCCUCAGAGAAACUGUCGCUUUGCUAUACACCUACAACGGCUUCACCGUGAUGGACUCCGAACUCGAAUUACCGUUGACUAUAGCUUGCACCGACGUUAAGGUUGACCCAUCCAUCAAACCGUUGCCGUCGAUUGUUAAUGGGACAUUGGGCCUCGCCAAUACACUCAUGUCGCUUCCUUCUCAGGUCGUUUCUUUACACAAGCUACCAUUAAAGGUGGCUCUUUGUUUGCCUUCUAGAUACGGAAGUCCCUUUGAUUCUGGUGCCCUUUACAUUGGUGGUGGUCCUUAUUACAUGGCGCCUUACCCUAAAGAUGUCUCUAAGAUCUUUGCCUCCACGCCUCUGCUCGCUAGUGACCCGUCUCGUGGUGAGUACUUCAUCGAUGUGAAGUCCAUCCAAAUCGGUGGAAAGAUUAUUCCUUUCUUCAAGAAAAGCACAAAGAUCUGCACUUUGGCUCCUUACACGGUCUUGCACACUUCUAUAUACAAGGCUCUUGUCUUAGCUUUUGCCGGAAAAGCCAAGAUGGCUAAAGCUCCGGCGGUGAAGCCUUUUGGCUCGUGUUUCAGCUCCAAAGGACUUGGGAUGACGAUGAUGGGAAGUAGCGUUCCAGUGAUCGAGCUGGUGCUGAGUGGUGGGGCUAAGUGGAAGAUCUACGGCUCAAAUUCGCUUGUUCAGGUGAGUAAAGAUGUGGUUUGUUUAGGGUUUCUAGACGGAGGUGUGGAUCUGAAGAUGGUGGCGAUGGUGAUCGGAGGUUUUCAGAUGGAAGAUAAUUUGGUGGAGUUUGAUCUCAAGGCUUCUAAGUUGUCUUUCUCUUCUUCUCUUUUGCUUCGGAACUCUUCUUGCUCACAGUCAAGACUCUUCUGA